AUGACAUUCCACUUGCAGGACCCGUGUCCCUACCUCAAAGGUCACACUUAUGAUGCUGUUAAAGAUGGUCAUACAGCUGCAGAUACUACAGAGGUCACAGAAACAUCUGAAGAUGCCCUCGGUGAAUCAGCAGAAGUCUUGGAACAUGCUUAUCAUGAUGCUGUAGGGAACAGUGGGACAGUUGCCCCAUCCACAGUUGCCCCAUCCACAGUUGUCUCUGAACAUGCUGAAGGGCCGCCUCAAGAUGCUGUUAAAGAUGGUCAUACAGCUGCAGAUACUACAGAGGUCACAGAAACAUCUGAAGAUGCCCUCGGUGAAUCAGCAGAAGUCUUGGAACAUGCUUAUCAUGAUGCUGUAGAAAUCAGAGGGAUAGUUUACCAUCCACAGUUGUCUCUGAACAUGCUGAAGGGCCGCCUCAAGCAAUGUUCAAGAUUUGACCCAGGAGCAGCUACAGUAUUAUGGUUGAUCAGAGUGAGAGGCAUCUGCGGAAAAUAUUUGGAGGAUAUAUUCUCUGCGAGAGACAUAUUGCAUUCAAGCAGGAAGGAAGAAGCAAAAAUGCUGUUAAGACGAUUAUACAGUUGCAGAAACAACAGAGAUCUCAGAACCAUCUCAAGAUGCUCUUGGUGCAUCAACAGAAGAUCAGAAGUGGACCAUGCCUAUCUUGAUGCUACAGGGAACAAUGGUACAGUUGCCCCAUCCACUGUCAUCUCUGAACAUGCUGAAGGGCUGCCUGAAGCCAGGAACUUUCAGCGUUUAACAGAGGAGCAAGGCCAACUCCUAAGAAAAUGUCGAAGUGUUCAACAUUACUAUGAGACGGGAACUGAAGAUGAUAGACUGUAUUAAUUCAAUCAAAAGCCACAAGUGUUUGAAUUCUCUGAAGUGGAAUUAAAUAAAAAAACACAUUACACAGUUGGAUAACGACAGAUUGCACACUGAAACAAUAAUAAGUGUUCAAAGUGCUAGUACAUCUUGUACAUAGUGUCAAGGUGUCCAAGCAUGUCUCUGUAAGCCAAUGGUUCACUGCAUAUGAGGUUAA